UCUAAUCGACCAAUUUGAUCCGAAUAUUAAAGCCAUGCUUAAAUCUUAAUCCUUUUAUUUUCUUGUAAAGUUUAUUGACAACAAGUCUAUAUGUUGCUCCGCCGUACUACGCUCACUGCUCAACAAUUCUUCCUUGUUGUGUAUUGCAAGGCACUGGAGGGAAACUUUAAAUGACAACCUAGGAGCUCUCCUCUAUCAUGGGCAGCCAUGGACUUGAAACGUAUCAUGGUAGCCUUGCGCCACUGUGGUCGAAUUCAAUCGAUCAAACGAGGGAAAUCACUUCACUCUCAUGUAAUCAAACAUGGGUUCUCUCACAAUAUCUUCAUUGCCAACAAUUUGCUGUCGAUGUACAUAGACUUUACCUUAUUGGGCGACGCGCAGAAACUGUUCGAUGAAAUACCUGACAAAAAUAUUGUUACAUGGACCACUAUGGUCUAUGCUUAUGCAACUAACAAAAGACCUGACAAAGCUAUCAGUUUAUAUGAAUAUAUGUUAGAAUCUGAAUUAGAAGCUCCAAAUGGGUUUAUGUAUUCUGCGGUUUUAAAGGCAUGUGCUCUGGCGGGUGAUCUUGAACUGGGUAGAUUGAUACAUAAACGAAUUUCUAGAGACAAUUUAGAGAAUGACACAGUUUUGAUGAAUACCCUUUUGGACAUGUAUGUUAAAUGUGGACGUUUGGAAGAUGCAAGGGAAGUUUUUGAUAAGCUUUUGAAUGCGAAUUCAACCUCUUGGAAUACUAUCAUUUCAGGGUAUUGUAAAGAAGGCUUGAUAGAAGAAGCAAUCGGUUUGUUUCAUCAAAUGCCGGCAAGGAAUGCUGCUUCCUGGAAUAGUAUAAUUGCUGGUUUGGCGGACAGUGGAAGUUUGCAAGCACUCGAAUUUGUGUGUAUGAUGCAUAAACAAGGUUUAAACCUUGAUGAGUUCACAUUACCCUGUAGUCUUAAAGCAUGCAGUUCACUUGGCUUGUUAAAUAUAGGGAAACAGAUUCAUUGUCAUGUUAUUAAAUCAGGUCUUGAACGUAGUUGUUUCACUAUUUCAGCAUUGCUUGACAUGUAUUCAAAUUGCAAUGCAUUAAGUGAAGCAGUAAGGUUAUUUCAUCAAUACUUGAGUUAUGAUGCUUUGGCUUCCAAUAACUUGGCACCGUGGAAUUCUAUGCUUUCUGGGUAUGUUAUUAAUGAACAGAAUGAAGCAGCAGCGAGUCUCCUUUUACAAAUCCAUAGCUCUGGUCUGUAUAUUGAUUCUUACACUUUCAGUAGUGCUUUGAAGGUCUGCAUCAACUUUCUCAACUUGAGACUUGGGCUUCAAGUUCAUGGUUUGAUUGUCACUAGCGGAUAUCAGUUAGAUUAUGUUGUAGGAAGCAUUCUUAUAGAUCUCUAUGCAAAACUGGGAAAUGUAAAAAAUGCAUUGUUUCUGUUUCAUAGGCUUCCAAAGAAAGAUAUCAUAGCUUGGUCUAGUUUGAUCAUGGGGUGUGCCAAAGUGGGUUUGAACUUGUUAGCUUUUUCACUGUUCAGAGACAUGGUACGUUCAGAUUUUGGAGUAGACCAGUUUGUUAUUUCAAGUAUUCUAAAGGUUUGUUCAAGUUUAGCAUCUGUUGGAAGUGGCAAGCAGGUUCAUGCACUGUGUGUUAAGAGUGGAUUCAACACAGAGGAAGUUACGUUAACCUCACUAAUUGAUAUGUAUUUAAAGUGUGGUCAAAUUGAGGACGGUUUAGUGUUGUUUAGCUAUAUGCCAGAGAGAGACAUUGUGUCUUGGACUGGGAUCAUUGUAGGGUGUGGGCAGAAUGGAAGAGCGAAGGAAGCUAUUACAUUUUUUAAUCAGAUGCUACAAUCUGGAUUGAAGCCAAAUGAAGUCACCUUUCUAGGUGUUCUUUCUGCCUGUAGACAUGCUGGUUUGGUCAGAGAGGCAUGGACCAUAUUUGAGUCCAUGAAAGCUGAGUUUGGAGUGGAACCUCAUUUAGAGCAUUAUUAUUGCAUGGUUGAUCUUCUUGGUCAAGCUGGAUGCUUCCAGGAGGCAAGAAAGCUGAUUGCUGACAUGCCAUUUGAGCCUGACAAAACAAUUUGGAGCUCCAUGCUUAAGGCCUGUGGAACUCACAAGAAUAUUGAACUGGUUGGUGUUGUAGCUGAACAGCUAAUUGCGGCAUCACCAGAAGACCCUUUCAUAUAUGUGAUGCUUUCAAACAUUUAUGCUGAAUUGGAAAUGUGGGAUAGUUUAAGCAAAGUGAGGAAUGCUUGCAAGAAACUGGGCAGAAAAGAAGCAGGAAUGAGCUGGAUUGAGAUUACAAGUUAAGAAAUCAUUUGGUAUGUUUGGGUACUGUCAAAUGUUUGGAAUUAAGUCAUCUGGUAAAAAUUUACUAGCUAACCAGUCUUCUCUCUCUUUUCGUGGUUCCAUUUUUAUUUUUAUUUUUAUUUUUUUUAUGAUUCAUUCGUGUUUAUAGGGUGCUUUUUCAAUGGUGUCUCAGGUUGAUUAGUUUAUUAGUCCGGUUAAAGACUUACAUUUGCAAUCCAUUCAUCUGUACUAGCUUUCUUUAAGCCGUCAAUUUUUGCAAAUUUUUUCCUGUUUGUCUGAAGCAACAAAGAUCCUCUUAGCACAUAAGAUAGUGAUAGCAGUCA